AUGCUCCUGGGAUUUCGGAGAAGCCGCAAGAGCCAGUUUAAGCAUAUCGUCCAUGGCCUCCUCCCGGCAGCCAGCAUUGCGCCGAAGCCAGCUGUACCACGCACACCUCCUCCUCGAAGCCCUAACCCUUCACCAGAGAGACCAAGAUCUGCUCUGGCUGCCGCCAUCCUGGCCACCACAUUGACUGGACAGACCGUUGCCAUUCCUCAGCCUCGCCAGAGAUCCCGGUCUGAGAGUGACACGACGUAUGCGGGAAAGGAAAGCUUCAUCGAGCCCUACGCCACCACCUCAGAGCUGAGGCUUCGACCAGCUUGGCAGAGUGAGCUGGCCAGAGGCACUUCUCUACCGUCCUUUGAAACGCUGGGCUGCGGAGAGGAAGAGGACUCGGAAGAUGCACUCCUGUCAUCCAGCUGCAAGGAGUCGGGGGACGUCAGUGCCUGGAACACAGCGCGAGGGCACAGUCAAGCUGUCUACGCUGUACCACACAGAAACCAGGUUCCAUUGUCCCAUGGGGUAGACAGUGAAGAAGACGAAAAUAUUUCUGAGCAAGAUGGAGUUCCAGACUUACCUCCAACACCACAGUGUACACAAGGAAAAGAUGGCAGACAUUCUGUUCUGAAUUUCAAGGAUGAAAAACCACCGCUGUGUGAAAAGCCUCCACCAUCCCCAGAUAUAACUGGUAGAACACGACCAAGAUGGACAGAAAUCACCAAGGAAAUGUUUGAGGAAUUCAGAGAAGAAAAUUUGCUUCUAAGCAAUACAAAUCAAGCCCUAACCCUUGAACUUAAUGUAACGAAACAAGCCAUGAAAAAUCUGCAGUUGAAACUUAAGAAAAUGGAAAAAGAAAAUGGAAGGCUGAAAGAGACUACGAAAGCCUCAUCGCAGGAAGUGGCUGGACCUGAGUUAGCGUCUCUGAGGAAGCAAGCUGAGGAACUGGUGGAUGAAAACAGUGGGUUGAAAAUGACAGUCCAUCGUUUGAAUGUGGAACUGAGUAGAUACCAAACCAAAUUCAGACAUUUCUCCAAAGAAGAGAGCUUAAAUAUUGAAGGCCUCCCAGUGAAGGGCCCGGUACCACCCUGGUUGUUGGAUAUAAAGCGCCUGUCACCUCUGUUGCUGGCUUAUGAAGACAGAAUGAAAGAGAAAGAUGAGCUCUGUGAUUCUCUCAAGGAGGAAAUGAGAAUGUUUAGGAUACGAGUUGAAGAAGUGGUGAAAGAAAAUGAAGAAUUGCGUCAAGAGUUAAAUAAGGCUAGUCCUGUUACCAGUAAGGAAUGGCAACUGCUUCAGACGCAAGCAGAACUGGUUUUAGAGGAAAACAAGUUGUUGAUAAAACAGUUGGAGAUUCAGCAAAAUAAAGCCCAGGAUGCCCAGCAGGCACGUGUCCAGGAAGUUUCCAAACUGACUAAGCAACUUAUGGUUCUGGAGACUAAAUCAGAGAGCCAGGAAAAGGAGCUCACUGAAAACAAGGAGCAAUUGAAAAUAUUACAGAACAAAUGUCAAGAACUCAAAACACACGUGGAUGACAAAAUUGCAGUGGAGGUUCAUACUUCAAUUGUGAAUGAAUUAAAAAGCCAGUUGCAGAAGGAAGAAGAGAAAGGAAGUGCUGAGAUGGAAGAGUUGACGGAAAAGUUGGCAAUGCUGCAAGUGCAGAACAAGAGCCUGCUUUUAGAGAAGAAUAAUUGGGCAGUUAAAAACAAAGCACUAGAAGCUGAACUUGACCUUGCACAGAGAAGAAAUAGGAGAUCUCAGAAGAAAAUUGAUGUCCUCAAAAAGCAGGUGCAACAAGCCAUGGAGAAUGAGAUGUCUGCCCAUCAGUACUUGGCCAAUCUUGUUGGACUAGCAGAGAAUAUAACGCAGGAACGUGACAGUCUCAUGUACUUGGCCAAAUGUUUGGAAAGUGAGAAGCAUGGAGUUCUUAAUAAAAUAAUAAAAGGCAAUAUUCGCUUGGGAAAAUUAGAGGAAAAAGUCAAGGGCUACAAGCAGCAGGCGGCACUGAAGCUGGGUGACAUGAGUCACCGUCUGAUGGAGCAGCAGAAAGACUUCGCUGGCAGGACAGCCCAGUGCCAGCAGGAGAUGAGGCACCUCCGCCGCAUGCUGCAGGACAAGCAGGAAGUCCUGGACGAGGCUUUGCAGCAAAACAGAGAAAUGGAAGGGGAGCUUGAAGUUGUUUGGGAAUCUACCUCCAAGGAAAACCGAAGAAUCCGAGAGCUGCUUCAGGCCACACUGGAGAGAACCGACCUCUGGGACCACAGCAGAGCGGACAAGGACCCCUGUCUGGACGGUGUCCCACAGGAAGACGUGCUGGAUGGUUACAGCUUCAGCCGACUUGACGGGAAGCCCCCUCCAAACGCCAGCCAGACUCUGCGGGAGCCGCUGGGUUAG